GAAAAUAUUAUCGCAUUAUCGACUUCGCCAAUAGGUGUAAAACAUUUCACAUUAAAAUGGAAACAGCAAAGAUGCUACAAUUUAACAGUGGUGCUACUACAGAAUUAGCGGAUUUAACUCCUGUUAAACCUAGACUAGGCAGAUUUUUAGAUGUUUAUUCACCAGAACAUCUAAAUUUAACACCAAAGGAUAAACGAAAGCUUACACUUGCUGCAGUAACAAAUGAAAACAUUAAUAGUUUACUUACGCCUGAAAAACAUCUUAUCAUCAAUGACAAAUGCAGAACGGUCAAGCCAGAACAAAAUUUUUGCAAUGUUUGGAGCAACUGCUCCUUUGAAGGCAACCAGAGUUUUCCACGAUUAAACCGGCGAGUAAGACCUAUUAAGAUGGAUCUGGAGACCCCUACUAAAGUGAAACCUGCUGUUGACUUAGUAAGAGUUGAUGGUCCUAAUGGAUUACGAUUCAACACAACUUUGGCAGCUGGUGAAGUCGCGGGUUCCCCAGCUCAGUCCCAAACAGAUCGUCUGCAACAGUCAAUUAAUCCCUCAAAGGCAGUGUUCACCAUAGAACCAAAUUCAUCUAAAAUUCUCAUUGUCAACAACAAGGCUUGUUCCCUCCUUGGCUAUUCAUCGGGAGAACUAUGCGAUCUUCGUUUCACUGAUCUCUUAAGAAAAAGAAGCAGCAAAACAUUCAAGUUACAUGAUGCAGGAGAUGCUGACAUUUCUGAAGAUGGCACUAUUAUAUUGCUGAGUGGAAAAGUUGUUGAACUCGUAUCAAAAGUCGGUGGAUCAGUCCAAGUUUCACUUUGGAUAAGACAAUUAGAUAACGAUGGACCAUGCUUGGUAGUCGCUGAACCAGUUAUAUGUAAAAAUGUUGUGUUGACAAUAGAUGCAGAGACUGGUAUAAUAUUGUCCUGUGACGGUGAUGACGCAGCUAUGUUGUUCCAAGCUGAUUCAUCUGAGAAAUUAAUCGGUUUGCCUAUUGCAUCCCUCAUACCUUCCAUACAAAUACCAGCAUAUGAUGCGCCUAUGCCUAAAAAUAUAUCUAAACAGAAGGUGACUGGAAGAACAUUAGAUGGGGGCUCUUUUCCUCUUUGUCUUUGGAUAUCUAAACUAAAUACUGUGGAAUCAGCAACAUGGUCAUCAUUAAAGACUACAAAAGAAAAUCAUGUAUUCAUAGUGAAUGUUAGGGUAACUUACAAUGUAAGUGGUCUUCUGGUAGUAGAUGAAAAUGGCAUCAUAACAGCUUGCAAUCAACACUUUUCAAUGCUGACUUUUGGCAAGGCCCAUUCCGAAGUUAUCGGUCACCACAUCGAGAAUGUUAUACAGAACUUUUGCCGGGAGUCCGACCUUGUCAAAUUGCAGGACAGAAACCGAAACCUGACGCUGUCGGUAAAUAAUGAUGAUGAAGAUUCAGCUUCUGAUACUGACGAUGAUUCCUGUGAAGCAUUUAAUGGAAGUCAAAAAUCUGCUUGUAUGUCUCUAAACGUGCAACAGUCAAUGCUAUCGACGACUCGGGAGAAGUCCUCCAGCGCACUUUGUCUCGACAAGUCCUACAGCAUGGUCACCCACACGCCGACACCCACGCAGGAUAUGGUCUCCAGCCUUAGCACUACGGAGCAGAGGAACGACAUAUCCGCUCUGCCGGAUGUGACGUCUGGCAUGUCCGGCAUAUCCAUAGACGACGAGAACUACUGCCAGAGCAGUAUAUCGAAAUCUCGGUCAGAAAAUAUACUCCGAUCUGAACAAUCCAAUCAAGUUAAACAGACGCCGACUAAACAAGUUGAAAAAUCUGAUUCUAUAUACUACACGUCCCAGCAUUCGCAGGAGGUCACGCCGACUGGUAAUUCUCGGGUGCGAUUGAACGAAACGUCGUUGAGACUGUCAUUCGAUUCAAGUAAAUAUAAAUCUAAUAAAGCCCAGGGAAAAGAGGAUAGGAGCAGUAUAUCGCUGGACUUCUGCGACUCGAACGAAACUAGCGCAGACUUCCUAACACCGAUAAACGAAAUGCCACCGCCGGGCUGCGAAAUAGAAGACCUGCCGAAACAUAAUGGUAAUGAUGAAAGUAUCGACAGCUUGAGUAAUGACAACGAUUUGGAAACGCAAACUGAAUCUGCGCCCAGAAAGAAGUAUGACGAUGACCCUCCUGAAACACCCUGUGCUACGAAACGUGUACUUCGCACGCACAUAACAACAUCGACGCCUCAACACACCCGCAACAGCAAGUCCGAACAAUGCGACACGAACGACUGCGGGUACAAAGACGGCACGUACAAGGGCGUCGUAGUACAUAAAGAUGGAACAGAACUUAGUGCAGUGUACACGGUGUCGAGCAUGCAGCUGGCGACGGGCCUGCGCGUGCGCUGCGUGUGGCUGCGAGUACGCGCGGCCGACGCGGCGCUGGAGCUGGCGCCGCGACACGCCACGCUGGCCUCCAGCCUCGCCUCCACCGCAGACAACUCGCUCGUGCUCGGUAACAAAUCUGCUAGCAGUAGGCCACAAUCGAUGUCAUUAAUGAGCCAAGGUGGAGAGGAACAAAUCGCCGGAGAAUAUAACAAGAAUUAUGUAACGCUAAAACAAAUUGGGAAGGGCGCGUACGGGUGUGUAAAGAUGGCGUACCGCCGCGUGGACCGGCUGCUGUGCGUCGCCAAGUUCAUCCUCAAGGAGAAGGUGGGAGUCGCCUUCUGGAGCGACGCGCCCGACGGCCGCCGCGUGCCGCUGGAGCUCAGCCUGCUGCUCACACUCGACCAUCCCAAUAUCGUUAGUGUAAUCGACGUGUUCGAGAAUGAAAAGUAUUUCCAAAUGGUUAUGGAGAAGCAUGGCGCAGGCAUGGACCUGUUCGAGUUUAUCGAACGACGGCCAAGACUUGACGAGCCGCUACUUAGCUAUAUAUUUAGACAGAUUGGCCAAGCUGUGGAAUACUUACAUUCUCUAAAUAUUCUGCAUCGCGAUAUAAAAGAUGAAAACGUGAUUAUUGACAAUAAAUUUCACGUAAAGCUCAUCGAUUUCGGCUCGGCGACAUUCAUGAGCAAAGAUACUCUUUUCGCGACCUUCUACGGAACUACAGAGUACUGCAGUCCAGAGGUGUUGGCGGGCAACAAGUAUGCCGGUCCUGAAUUGGAGAUGUGGUCAAUGGGGAUAACUCUGUAUGUGCUGACGUUCUUUGUUAACCCAUUCUCUGACAUCGAGGACACAAUACAGGGGCCACUUACCUUCCCUCAAGUCGUUUCGGAAGAUCUGGAGCAGUUACUGCGCUGGAUGUUAUGCAAGGAGCCGCUGCAGCGCUGCACGGUGGCGCAGCUGAUGGCGCACUCGUGGAUCAGACAACCAGUCGCCAUUGACAACUACGUCUUCCAAGACGUUGUUGAUUGCGAUCGUCACGAAGCAAACCCUGAAAUGUACUUUAGUGGCAGUUUCGGCUCCCCGCGCUCUGCGUCUCCUGUAUCUCUCGCUGACCCUCUUGCUAAAGAACGUUCUCACCCGUCGGAGCAAGUGGCGCGCUCGGACAAGGACCAGUGCCGCGACGAACCCAAGCGCAGCUCGGUGGCCCUGCACGCGCUGUCCGUCGAGCGAGACGUGCAUUCCGACAACUAUAGUCUCAGAUCUUCAGCAGACAUACUAGAUAUAUCUUCGAAGCCGGUAUCUGAUGCAGCGCUUACUGACAUCAGUUCCGAUGCGACCGGCCACGCCGCCUGCGAUAUCGACUACGACUGCGACCAGUAUGAAUGCGACAGUUGGGAUGAAUGCGAGCAGGACAGCUUCUCAUAAAUGCGACUGAGCUAGACGAAAAAUAUUGUGAAGCUUACUCGUAGCUGAAAUAUAUAAAUUUUCGUAAUUGUUGAUUCACUGUUGCGAGUGUAGUAUAAAUAUUUCGCCGUAAAAGUGUCGUUUGAUGAGAUAUUUAUAUGUCAAUGUGUGCGGGCUACAGUCUUGUUGUUACAAUGCAGGAAUAUCAUAUCGCUUUGUGCUAUAGAGUAGGAAUUAUUAUAAUUAAAUAUUGAGUAUUAAUUGCCAAAAGAUAACGGAUAAAUUACAGUCUGUAUUAUUAUAUUUUAUUCAAAUUAGUAAUCAAGUUAAGUUUAAGAAACACCCAUGGAUUAAUCUUUAUGCUUGUCGCAUAGAUGAUGACUGUUGUAAAUGUGUAAUAUAUAUAUAAUGACUGAUGUAAUAUUGUCACAGUAACAGUAUUGAAAAUAGCUUUUUUUCUUGCCAAAGUAUGGAACCACCUUGUCCCAAAUUAUAACAGUUUGUACAAGGCAUAUCAAGUAAUUUUGUUCCUAUAAAUCCGCCCUACAAUCCAAGUUUGGACUAUAUUGCCAAAUUAUUUAAAUUAAUAUCAUUUAACAUUUAUCAUUUUAGUAUAAUAACACCUCGUACCUUUAGAACACAGACUGCUUUUGAUAUAGUUACAUUGUUGACCAAUCCUUAGACUCGUAUUGUAGCUAGAUAAUUUGUUUUAACUUUAAUUAUAUUUUUUAAUAUAAAAUUUUAAUAUUUAAUUAAUUCAAUCAAUUCAGUAUUAAGAUAUACAAAAAUUUUGCCUAAUUAGAUAGAAAAAUUGUCUUAAUCUGCAUUAUUUAUUAGGAAUUGAUAAAACCUUUGCAUUAAUGUAGCAAUAUAUUAGAACGCAAAUGCAAUAUUUUUAAUAUCACAAUUAUAAAUUUAUAAUAUUACAAAAACGAUUAAUCUUUGUAAUACCUCUGAACUUUUUAUUUGCUACAUAUUGGUGCAGUUUCUGUUAUAGAAAAACUUACACUGAUUGAACAAGACUUAUAUACUGCUUAUUUUUUCAAAAGUUUGACGCAAAAAGAAGUGUAUUAGUACUGUCAACUAACCAUUUUGAUCAAUUUAAAUAUAUAUAUAAUGUCUUCCAGUUUCUGAAACUCUUGUCAAAGUCAGAUUGACUAAUUCGACUUUAAUCUGAUUGGUGAUUUGUCGGUGAUCGCGAUUGCCUUUUACGUUAACCAAUGGGCGUUCAGUAUUUAGUCAUAUUAGUUCAUCUAAGUUUGCUCAUCAUUUAAGAAACUGGCGAUGUAUAUAAUAGAUUCGUCACUAUUGAUAAACAAUUUUCCUAAUACAGGAAUUUAAUUAAUAUCGUAAUAUGCAAUAAUUGUAAUAACUAAUUUAUGAUUUCUAUAGAAGAUGUCUCGACUCAAUUUUAUUUAAUGUGAUAAGAAACGAAGCUUUAUCUAUUCACUCAGUGUAUUAUAAUAUUUAAAUAAAUUAACACUGAUUAAACUUUUCCAUAAUAUAUAUUUCAUAUCAAUACUUAGUUCAUAAUGUCUUUUCUUUUUUUUACAUGUUGAAAUAUCCAACAUUUAUU